CCCCUACUUCAUUCGCAUAUAAAAUGGUAUUCUGUUGAGCGAUUUUGCUUCGUUCAAAGCACGCACGCCUCCGCAAAAAUCUCCUCUCUCAUCCCAUUCCUUUCGCAAUCUCAUUUCCCUCUGUUUGUGAAAGGAAAUCCACCAUGGUUGAUCAGGUUCAGCAUCCAACAAUCAUGGAGAAGGUUGCUGGACAGCUCCAUCUCCGCUCCAACCCAUCAUCCGAUAUCAGGAGCUAUAAUGGAGCCUUCCCCCAGCGUGCUUUGUACCAAAGGCGUGCAUUUGGGAGUUACACAAAUGCAGGGUUGCAGUACCCAAUGAUGCCGGCAUGUAGUGCUACUACUGAUUUGAGUGCCGUUACAGCAACAGCCUCCCCUGUUUUUGUCGCAGCUCCAGCAGAGAAAGGAAACUUCCUUAUCGACUUUCUCAUGGGUGGUGUUUCUGCUGCAGUCUCCAAAACUGCUGCUGCUCCAAUUGAAAGGGUUAAGCUCUUGAUCCAGAAUCAGGAUGAGAUGAUUAAGUCAGGUAGGCUCUCAGAGCCCUACAAGGGAAUUGGUGACUGUUUUAAGAGAACUAUGGCCGAUGAGGGUGUGAUUUCCCUAUGGAGAGGUAACACUGCCAAUGUCAUCCGUUAUUUCCCAACUCAGGCCUUGAACUUUGCAUUCAAGGAUUACUUCAAGAGGCUUUUCAACUUCAAGAAGGACAGAGAUGGUUACUGGAAAUGGUUUGCUGGAAACUUGGCCUCUGGAGGUGCUGCUGGUGCUUCAUCCCUUUUGUUUGUUUACUCCCUCGACUAUGCCCGUACCCGUCUUGCUAACGAUGCAAAGGCCGCAAAGAAGGGUGGAGAAAGACAAUUCAAUGGCCUUGUUGAUGUAUACAGGAAGACUUUGGCUUCUGAUGGUGUUGCUGGGCUUUAUCGUGGUUUUAACAUCUCCUGUGUUGGAAUCAUUGUCUACCGUGGUCUCUAUUUUGGAAUGUAUGAUUCCCUGAAGCCAGUUCUUCUCACCGGAAGCCUGCAGGAUAGCUUCUUUGCUAGCUUUGCUCUUGGAUGGCUCAUCACCAAUGGUGCUGGUCUUGCAUCAUACCCAAUUGACACUGUCAGAAGAAGAAUGAUGAUGACAUCCGGCGAGGCCGUGAAGUACAAGAGCUCCAUGGAUGCAUUUGCUCAAAUCCUCAAGAAUGAGGGUGCCAAGUCCUUGUUCAAGGGAGCUGGUGCUAACAUCCUUCGUGCCGUUGCAGGUGCUGGUGUGCUUGCUGGUUACGACAAGCUUCAGGUUAUUGUGUUCGGCAAGAAGUAUGGUUCUGGUGGCGCUUAAAUCCUUUUAGCGUCGGUUUUAAGUUAUAGUGUUCUUUUUUUUAGAUGGCGAUGAAAAUCAUUUAGUUUCGAGAGUUUUAGACAUUUUUGCUGCGGCAAAUUUUGUUUAAUAAAUUUACUUAAGUGGGAUUCUGUCCCAGAACCAUUUAUAAUUUCUGGAAAAUUUUUUAUCAAAGGUAUGAUUUAUUCAGUGGCGGGCAAAGUUAUCUGCCACUUUGAACUCAUUCAUUGUUCCUUAUUUUGAAAUAUAUCUUGUUAUUAGGUUC